AUGCAGUUAAGAGAAAAAAACAAUGAUCUGGACGAAAUCAUCAAUACCCACCGACCAGAUCUAAAGCCAUUCGAAGAUGUCUACCGCCACCUCCACGCCAACCCCGAAUUAUCGGGCCAAGAAGAGGAAACAGCCAAGAUAGCAUCCGACCACCUCCAAUCCGUCGGCUUUGAAGUCCACACCAAAAUCGGCGGCCAUGGCGUAGCAGGAGUCCUCCGAAAUGGAUCUGGCCCAACAAUUCUCCUACGGGCGGACAUGGACGCCUUACCUGUAGAAGAACAGACCGGCCUGCCAUACGCCAGCACCCGCCACGUCAAAGACAAAAAUGGAGCCGACCAGCCUGUAAUGCACGCCUGCGGACACGACUCCCACGUCACAACAUUGAUGGCGGCCGCGACGCUCCUGAAAUCAGCGCGCGAUAAAUGGUCAGGAACAUUGAUCUGUAUCUUCCAGCCCGCCGAGGAACAUCUCGAUGGCGCACAGGCAAUGCUUGACGACGGGCUAUACAAAAAGAUUCCUAAGCCGGACCUUGUGCUCGCGCAACAUGUAGUGACCAUGCGCGCGGGGUCGGUGAAUCUCCGCGCCGGCCCACUGCUGACUGCCGCUGAUUCCUUUGACGUGCGCGUGUUUGGUCGUGGUGGCCAUGGGUCUGCGCCGCAUACGACUAUCGAUCCGAUUGUGCUCGGGGCGGCGAUUGUUAUGCGAUUGCAGACAAUCGUCUCGCGAGAGGUCGCACCUGGAAAGAUGGCUGUUGUGAGCUGUGGUAGUAUUCAUGCUGGACAGUCAUCGAAUAUUAUCCCGGCAUAUUUGGAUCUACAACUGAAUGUGCGGACUUUUGAUAAAGACGUGCGGAAGCGCGUGUGUGCUGCUAUUCACCGCAUUAUUGAGGCGGAGUGUAUGGCCGCGGGCGUUGAGAAGAAGCCUGAGAUUAAGCUUACUGAUUCGUCCCCGUCGACGAUUAAUGAUGAGAAGACUGUUGAUGCUCUCCGAGAGACUUUCAAGCCGUACUUUGGUGAUCGGCUAGUUGAGAUGGAAACCCCGGCUGCUAGUGAGGACUUUUCUUUGCUGGCGACUGCUGUGGGUGCGCCUUAUGUUAUGUGGAUGUUUGGUGGAACUGACCAUAAGACUUGGGAUGAUGCUGUUGCUAAUGGGACUCUCAACGAACUGGCUGGUAACCACUCGCCCUUUUUUGCGCCGGUUAUCCAGCCGACAUUGCGUACGGGUGUAGAUGCCAUGGCACUUGGAGCUUUGACUUUCUUGAAGAGAAAAUGA